GAUGGCUGCAUUGCAGUUGUGUUGACAGUAGCCCCGAAAUCAUGGUAAAAACAGGUAACGUAAAGUUUGGCGACAAGUCCAAUUUCCUGCCAGAGGGAUUUUGGUCAGCGGUUGACGUUUGGAUAAAGAAACCCCACGUCGUUAACAAGAGACUUUGCGGAGCUACACAGACAGAGGACAGGGACGUAGACAUUGCAGAGCUGAAGGAACUCCUUCCUAAAUUGACACAGUGCACCAGUGAUGAACUCAACGAAGUUGUCUUAUUCUUGAGCAAUAGCUCAGAUCAAAAUGACCACUCGACAGACACACAGUGGAGUCUCACAAUCAGGACAAUCAUCCCUAAAGUCAACACAUACGGGAGCAAUGUACACAAGGAGGUCAUUCUCAGAGGUCUCACAGGGCAAAAAGUGACAUUCCUGCCCAUAGAGCAGGACAAAGACGGCCAACAUUCCCUCCGGAAAAGCAAUGUUUACCAAAUUCAACUGAAUGGGUUGACAGAUGAGGUUUGGACCAUGUCUCUCCACACCCUGCACCCCGAGGCCUGGGUGUGUGAUGGGGUGGCGUACCCCAAACUGGCCUGGCUGGGGGGAGACCUGCUGGCCAAGCUGGCACGCUGGGCUACAGACUCACACAGUAGUGAGUUCAAGAGCACACUGUCGCUCAUCCCCAUCGAGAAGUACAGCCUCCGAUACCAGCAGCUCAAAGACAAGUACAAGAACAUGGUCAAGGUGUGGCCUGAAGUUACAGACCCAGAGAAGUUUGUGUAUGAAGAUGUGGCCAUCGCCACCUAUCUCCUGGUCUUGUGGGAGGAGGAGCGAGCAGAGAAGGGUUUGAUUGACAGGCAGUCAUUUGUGGACCUUGGCUGUGGCAACGGACUCCUGGUACACAUCCUCACCAACGAGGGGCAUCCAGGAAAAGGCAUUGACGUACGCAAGCGCAACAUCUGGGACAUGUACGGCCCACAGACACAUCUGGAGGAGAGUGCAAUUUCACCGGGUGAAGGCUGUCUGUUUCCCAAUGCUGAUUGGCUGAUUGGAAACCACUCUGACGAACUCACACCAUGGAUACCACUCAUCGCUGCCAGAUCCUCGUCCUCGUGUCGCUUCUUUCUGCUCCCCUGCUGUUUCUUUGACUUCUAUGGGAAGCACCAGAGGAGGCGCUGUGGAGCCUCUCAGUACAGAGAGUACAUCGACUACAUCUCACACAUCUGCACUCAGUGUGGAUUUGAGACACAGGAAGACUGCUUGAGGAUACCCUCUACCAAACGGGUGUGCCUCAUAGGCCGAGGCCGCAGCUAUUCCGCAUCGGAGGAGGCCGCUGUGGAGGAGCAGAGGCGCGAACUCCUGUCACUAUCCCGUCAACGCCACCAGCACCACCCCGCCUCCUCCUCCUCCUCAAACGCCACCCAUCUCCAAGGAGACGCUGACAGACAGCAACAGGACGGGGAGGUGGAGGAGGAGGGAGGAUGCAGUCGUCACGACAACCCGAGUGAUGGUGACGGGUGGGGGGGCGGGGGGUUCCGGCCGCGGGAGAGGGUGGAAGUGGUGAGGAACUGUGCCACGCUGCCAAGGGAGUUUGUGGACGGGGUGGUGCUACGGGUGGCGCGGACACUACUCGGACUCACCUGCAGGGGGCAGCAAGAGCAGCAGGAGGAGGAGGAGAAUGGGCAGAAUGGGAAGAAGGAGAAGGAUGGAGAGGAAGAGGAGGAGGAGGAGGUGGUGAAGAAGAAGAAGAAGAAGAAGAAUGGAGAGGAAGACUUGAUAAAGAGCAGGGGGCAGCGGCAACAACAAGAAGACAAGAAUGGGGGGAAUGAAGUGAAGGAGAAAAAGAUGGAUGGAGAGGAGGUGAAGAAAGAAGAGGAGGAGGAGAUGGGCAGAAAAAGAGAGGGGCGGCUGCAGCAGCAGGAUGAGGGGGAGGAGAUGGAGGUGGAGAAAGAUGGUCAGAAGGAGGAGAACAAGAAGAAGGAGGAGGAGGAGGAGGAUGAUGAAGAGGAGGCGGCGAAGAGGAAGGCAUGGAACAGUGGAGGCAGUCUGUCUAUCCGUGAGGUGGCUGAGCUGCUGGAUGCGUCAGAGCUGCAGAGGCUGAAGAGUGAGUGUGGAGGCCUACAGACGCUACUCCGAAACAACCACCAGGUCUUCAGAGUGGAGGGAGGACGGGUGUAUAUCCGGGACUGGAGGGCCGCGGUGUUGAGCCGAGGAGGAGCCAGAAGGGGAGGGGCCAGAAGAGGAAGAGGAGGGGCAUCCAUGGGGACAGGAGGUGACGCCACUAAGCGUAAACCCCUGGCCUCACCACCUGAUGGCGCCGUGAAGACUCGUCUGUGCUGGUUCCAUGCCCACCACCCUCACGGCUGCCCCCUCCCUGGCCCGCAGUGCCCCUUCGCCCACGGCCCCGACGAACUACGACCCUCCACGCGGCCAAUCAAGAAGCCCAGACACUGAUGAUGCCAUGGGAUCAUGUGACUGAGGACUGGUCUGUGAUUGGCUAGAUGGAUGGCGAUGAUUUUUCUAGGCUACGUCUGAAGCUGAGGGCUGGCAACGUCAUGACUUUGAAUUUGUCCGUGUGACCGCGUUAUUGUGAAGUGAACAGAAAGUGACCUGUGGCGAUCCUACAAUGAUUCCCCUCUCCCGAUGGAAAAAAAGGGCAAAAAAUGCAAAUGCAAAAAAGGCCUAUAACACCUGAUAUAUGCUAAUACCAUGUCCAAUAGUUUGACAUUGGCGUGGUAAUAACAUGUUAAUAGCGCUAAUUUGCGUGAUGUCGUCAGGGACGGAGUUUUGCAAUGGUGUCGCCCCCUCAUGGGUGUUGCGCAGGGCAAUUGCCCAAUCGGCCUUCCCCUAGGACCACCCCUGACAGUGCCGCAGCAGUCACUGAAAUAAAUCCAUCCUAAUGCCUUCCACAACUGUGAUUUGUUUCUGACUGCGCAAGCUCAUAUACAGAUUUGUUUAUUUUUGUUUAUUUGUUUUUAUUAUUUUCUUGCUUUUGUAACAGAGGCCAACUAUAGCAGAGUGUGGCGUGGAACGUAAGUAAACCAUCCUCCCGAAGCCUCAAUACAGUGCGGUAGCGUUGGGCUAGCGGUCUCAUAUUGUGCCUUUCAUUGCCGAACCGAUGUGUUGACGAGGCUGCGAGAUUGCGGUUCCGAAGUGGACGAACCACCGCUGGAUUGGCCAUAGGGCAUACCGGGCAUUUGCCCGGUGGCCUGACCGUCUUUUCUUAUUUUUUUAUUCAGGCCAAACCCAUUACAUACGUAGCAGACCACUUUACCUACCCUGCAGGCCACUUACUGCAACAUGGAUGAUGGGAAAGUUCAAAGAAAUAACUGUAUUGAACUAUCUAUAUAAUAAUAAAGAGUAGAUUCGUUCUAUAUAUACCCUUAAC